AUGGAUAUGAUUUCAAUUGGACAGAGCGUUAAAAUCAAACGCACUGAUGGACGCGUUCAUGCGGCCGUUGUGGCCGUGAUCAAUGCGUCCGGCAAGUGCCUAACAGUCGAGUGGUACGAACGUGGUGAAACCAAAGGCAAGGAGGUGGAACUAGAGGCCAUACUCACACUGAAUCCCGAACUGACGCAGGAGGCUGUUGAGCAGCACGCGGCCCCAGAGCCAAAGAAGCAGGCCACUGCCCCGGUGAAUCUGGCCCGUAAUCCCACACAGUCUAAUAUCUCCGGCAACCUCACCAGCCGACUGACCAUGGCCAGCAAUCAACUGAACAAGAUACACGAGACGCACCCGACCAUCAGCUCGGGCAAUGUGAAUUCGAAUGCCACUACGGGCGGCACCACUGCAGCGACCAUUUCGGGGCUGCAGCGGCCACGGUUCACACAGGUCACGGGUAGACAGCAGCAGACGCGCAGUGCCACGGCGUCUAUCACAGCGUCCGCCCAACUGGGCGCUGGCGGGCAAUCCAGCCAAUCCACAAACAAUGCAGUGGUUAACAAUAGCACACAGAGCAGCAUUGGUGGCGGUGGUGGGGUCGCAGGAGUUGCGCGUCGUUCGCAUGCCCUUAAGGAAGUGGAGCGUCUAAAGGAGAACCGCGAGAAGCGUCGGGCACGCCAGGCUGAACUUAAGGAGGAGCAGAAAGCCCUCCAGAAUCAGGACCCUGGCAACCCCAACUGGGAGCUGGCGAAUAUGAUACGCGAUUAUCAGAACACACUGGAGUUCAUACCACUGCUUGACGGUCAGGCGGUUGACGAUCACCAGAUCACCGUCUGUGUGCGCAAGCGUCCACCAAGCCGAAAGGAGGUGAAUCGCAAAGAGGUCGAUGUCAUAUCGGUGCCCCGCAAGGACUUGAUGAUUGUCCAUGAGCCGCGGACCAAGGUCGAUCUCACCAAGUUCCUUGAACAUCACAAAUUUCGUUUCGACUAUGCUUUCAACGAAAUGUGUGACAAUGCCAUGGUGUACAAAUACACAGCCAAGCCCCUGGUGAAGACUAUUUUCGAGGGCGGAAUGGCGACAUGCUUUGCCUAUGGCCAGACAGGAUCCGGCAAGACCCAUACCAUGGGCGGGGAGUUUACGGGUAAAAUACAGGACUGCAAGAACGGCAUCUAUGCCAUGGCCGCCAAGGAUGUGUUCGCGACCCUCAAUACACCGCGCUAUCGCACCAUGAAUCUAGUCGUCUCGGCCUCGUUCUUUGAGAUUUACAGUGGCAAGGUCUUCGAUCUGCUGGCCGAUAAGCAGAAGCUGCGCGUGCUGGAGGACGGCAACCAGCAGGUGCAGGUGGUUGGCCUCACCGAAAAGGUUGUGGACAGCGUCGAGGAGGUGCUAAAGAUCAUCCAGCUGGGCAAUGCGGCGCGCACCUCGGGCCAGACCUCGGCCAAUGCGAACUCGUCGCGAUCGCAUGCCGUCUUCCAGAUUGUCCUGCGUCCGAUGGGCACGACAAAGAUCCAUGGUAAAUUUUCGUUCAUCGAUCUGGCGGGCAAUGAGCGGGGUGUGGACACCUCGUCGGCCGAUCGCCAGACACGCAUGGAGGGGGCCGAGAUUAAUAAGUCCCUGCUGGCACUCAAGGAGUGCAUCCGGGCAUUGGGUAAACAGUCGGCCCACCUGCCGUUCCGUGUCUCGAAGCUCACGCAGGUGCUGCGCGACUCGUUCAUUGGAGAGAAGAGCAAGACUUGCAUGAUAGCCAUGAUAUCGCCGUGCAACAAUUCCUGUGAGCAUACGCUCAACACGCUGCGCUACGCGGAUCGGGUCAAGGAGCUGGUGGCCCCCAAUGUCCAGGAGAUGGGCCCAUGUGGCGAUGGCAAUGAUCCCAUGGACGGCAAUGUCGUUGAAAUCAUGGACGACGACGACGAGGAGGAGCAGGAAAACAAUCCGGUGCGCAAGCCAGACAUCCGUUCACACAAUCAACGGAACGUCCCAAUUUCCGCCGGCAUUCAUAAUAACAAUAACAACAACAACAAGAACGGAAACGGCAAUGCCGGCAACACGGAUCUGGCACUUUUGAGUUCGCUGAGCGAACACGAAAUGUCACAGGAGCUGAUCACACAGCAUGAGGCCAUCGAAGAUCUACAGCAAACUGAAGAAAUGGUUGUCGAAUUCCAUAGAUCGGUGAACGCCACACUGGAGACCUUCCUGAAUGAGUCGAAGACCCUAUAUACGCAAACAAACUAUGUGAACUAUGAUCAAGAGGACUAUUGUAAGCGCGGCGAAUUGAUGUUUGCCCAACUGAUGGACAUUGCCACCCAGUGCCGUGACAUGAUGGCCGAGUAUCGCAUUAAGUUGGCCAAAGAAGAGAUGCUUUCUUGUAAAUACAGUCCAAACAGCCAGCGCUAGAACACCAACUAGCCAUAAGCAUCCCACCAUCCCCACGAUUCAUAUUUAUCCGCCACACUACAAACUAUCAUCCGCAAAAUUUUAGAAUUCGUUUUCAUCACACACUGUCCGCCGCGUUGCGAAACUGAACUGAAGCUGGGGGCUGCUGCGGAUGAGGUUACACACACACACACACACAUACACAGAGAUAUACACCCGCUCGCAGACUCUAUUGUUGUUUAUUUAUUAUUUUAUUUGGCAGUUCAGCGUUUUUAAUUCAGUUCAGUUGUUUUCAGUUCAGCGUUUAGCUUUAAAUAAAAAUUCCCUAUAUUGUUAAAGGAUUUCAUGAAUUCAUUACUUUUCGAACGACAAAAGAAGCGGCGUCUCAUCUCGGUUCAAACCAUUCGUUCAUCUCAACCACUCAUCCAGCAUUCAGUCGUCAUAUCUCGCUCUCUAAACGCACCAACAGACAGCCGCCCCGCCCACCACCCCGCCUUGUAAGCGCCUUGCUCUCUUGGGAGAGCAGCUUGUUUCUUAUUGAGUUUUACCGUUCAUUCAACUGAUUGUAUGGAUGGAAGGGAAAACGGUAGAGCGGGUAAGGCAGGAAGAGAUUGACAGUAUCCCGAUCGAUAUACCCCCGAUAAAUACCGCAGGGGGGGCUGUCUCGAUUAAACAAGAAAUACAAUACCGAACUAUAACAACAACAUUUAAUAAGCAACACACUUUCUGUUUUGUUCUCAUUGAUUUAUACGAUACUUUUGUAAAAGAAAAAGACAUUUACAUACUAUACUACAACUUACUAUUAUGAGAUUCCAUUUACAUUAUAAAUUACCUUCUAAAGAAUUCAAUAAUUUUUUGUAUCUUUUCAAUUGAUUGGAGAGUCCUGCCUACCUCUCUGUAGCGCCGCGGCACAAAUCAAUGACACAUUACUAUUAUGGAUUAGUUGCGUAUAGUAUUUGUAAUUAUUUAAAGGCCACAAAACUGUA